AUGUUCCGAAACGUAGCCCUUCUCGCCCUUGCUGAGGCUAUUGCUGCCCUGACUUUCGAUGGCACCGGCCAGAUUCGUGCUUUGUCCUCGAGCAGCUCUGCCGACGUCGGCUGUUUGGCCAAUGAUGGCUCUUGGACGACGAGCGACACUGAAUGUGGUACAUUCACGGGAACAAGAGAAGAUGAUUCUACUGAUUUCAUUAUCUCAUCAACAAGCGGCCCAUGUACCCUCGUUGACUAUGCGACCUUUGAGUGUGCUUCGGGUCUUGAGGCCUUGACAUUUUGGGCCUGGACAGGCAUUGUCGAUGAUUACGAUGUGCUGGCGUAUGGCGAAACCGUGACCUUCUCGAGCCCUGUGGAUCCCUCCGAGGAACUGGCUCCAAUCCGCCCAUAUCACACUGAGGACUCGAAGCCGUGGAUACACUUGGGCUGGGCUGCACUUUAG